AACAAAACUUUAUUUUCUCACAAUUCUAAAGAUCAAAGCAUAGGCAGGUUUGGAGUCUCUGAAGCCUCUCUCCUUGGCUUUCAAACGGAGGCCUUCUCGCUUUGUCUUCACACUGCCUUUCCUCUGUGCAUUUGCAUGCCUGAUGUCUCCCUAUGGACCCAAAUUUCCCCUUCUUAGAUGGACACCAGUCAGACUGGAAUAGGACAUACCUUAACGGCCUAUUUUAACUUAAUCUCCUCUUUAAAGGCCCUAUUUCCGAACACAGUCACAUCCUGAGACAAAAUUCUCAUCGGUUUUGGAGGGACACAAUCCAACUCAUAACGUGAUUACCUCUAUCGUUCCCACUUGGUAAACUCAUGACAACUCUCCUCUUGCUCUCAUUUCCGGACCUUUAGAGUUCCUAUUCUCUCCUUAGAACGCUCUACGGCCAACUCUUCGUACAAGAGGUUUUUCUCAACUUUCAAGCCUUAGCGCUAUCCUCGACAAGAGCCAUCCCAGACCCCCUCAUGUAAAGUACCCCUAAAAGUCACUCUAUCAUAUCAUCAUUUUAGGGAAAGCGAGGUCACGUGUUUUCACACACUCCUGUAGUCCAGAGAUCUGCCCAGGGUCUCAUAUGUAGCUAUGAAGGAAUGAGUUUCUGCAACCGCGGACCACAUCGUCGUGCCUUUAGUUACUCCACUGGGAGAACCUGACGGGCAGGGCCACGUUUUCACCACGUUCUUUGAGUCUCAGCUCCAACACUCACUAGCAACCCGAGCUCUGCUGAGUCCCAUAACCUCUGUGGGCCCCAGGUCCCCAAACUCUAUGAUGACGACACUUUCUUCAGAGUUCUCACGAAGGUUAAGUAAACACACGUCAGGCACCCUGCGAAAGAACGCGGCACAGGGUGCACGCUGUCAGCUGAAACGCCAGUCGGCUGGGUGUCUCCCAAAGCAGGGCCCGUGUGAACGGUGUGGAAAACGUCUGAGCCAUCGUCUUCCCCAUUCUUCAGAUGAACGCAAGGUCGUCUUCUGGUCCUCCUGUCUCUGACGCUCUCCGUCUCUUCUCCUCUUUAACCGAAGGAUCUUUCGGGUUCAACGACGCACACAACCGUUCCCAGGCGAGUUCCCCACGGUUUCCGCUGGAUUUCCACACCCGCUCGCCCGGUGUGCGGCGCCCUCCCUCACUGACUGCGGCUCGUCCAGGAAGCCCUGUGCCUCCAUCUACGCGACUGCAACACGGGGACGGGAACAGUACGGCCCACGGGGUUACCGUGAACAGCAAACGAGCCCUCCGACGUAAGCGACGCGGAACGCUGGAAGCCUGCCACCCAUCACGUCAGGAACAGUCCAGGCGGGACGGGGGGCAGCCGCCUCAAGGGUCUCACCAGAAGGCCUGAGGCAGCGACGCGGCACGGCGAGGUCCGGGUGGCCGCCCUGCCCGGCGCGGCGCCUGAGAGGUCCGGUCUAAGCCCUCGGGGAAGGCGGACCACAGCUCGGAGCGGCCAGGACGCGGGCCUCCUCCACCAGCGGCCUCGUCGGGGUCUUGCUUUAGCGACGGCGCCCUCGCCUCGAACUUCUUCCCGCGGCUACACGAGAACGACCCACGCCCUCCUCCGAAGGGAGAAACUCAGGCGAAGUCGCGGGGCGGGACGACGCACGCUACGUAAGACGUCGGCCGCUGAGCACGCAGCAGCGCGCAUGCGCGGCUGGGCUGGUGGCGGCGGGCGGAAGCCAGCAUGGCGGCCGAGCGCAAGACUAAGUUGUCCAAGAACCUGCUGCGCAUGAAGGCGCUGGGAACCGGAUUAUAAAUCCGGGGGCUUCUCUCGCAAAGCCCGCGGUCGGAUGGGAGAGACAGACCCGUCAGGAAGCAGGCAGGAUGCAGCGUACUAAGUGCGGCAAAGCUGCAAGCCCCGGGAACUUCCUUGGGAAGUGGUCCUGAGGUGAAGGAAGUGCACAGCGGGGCGGGGACGUGCAUCGCGACAUAAACAGAGGGAAAAUACAGUUCAGAAGUCUGAGAGGCAAAACCCAAAAAAUCCGUUCAUGCAAAGGGGGCUGGACUUGGAAACCAAGAAACAACUAGAAGAGGAAGAAAAGAAAAUCAUUAGUGAAGAGCACUGGUACUUGGAUUUGCCGGAGCUGAAAGAGAAAGAGAGUUUCAUAAUAGAAGAGCAAAGUUUCUCACUGUGUGAAGAUCUUCUCUAUGGAAGAAUGUCAUUCAGAGGAUUCAAUCCUGAGGUUGAGAAAUUAAUGCUUCAGAUGAAUGGUAAGAACAAAGCAGAGGAAGUUGAAGAUGAAACUGUGGAGCUCGAUGUGUCGGAUGAAGAAAUGGCCAGAAGAUAUGAGACCCUGGUGGGGACAAUUGGAAAAAAGUUUGCCAAAAAAAGAGACCGUGCCAAUUAUGAAGAAGAUGAAAACGGAGACAUAAAACCAAUGAAAGCAAAGAAGAUGUUCUUAAAGCCCCAAGACUGAAAUGGAUGCCUAAAGAUACAGCUCGGGGGUGCCUUGUGAAAGUUAGCGUAUUUUGGAACGCAUUCUGAUAGUUUCUCCAUAGUUAUUAAUAUUGUAAUGUUUAUUUGUAAAGAAACGUAUAAUUUUGGAAACACGCGGUUUGUGGAGCAGCUGUUGGUGCUGCUCUGCCCCCUUUGCUGGUGUUCAUCGCGAACGGAUGUUUAGCCCUAGGCCUUCAGAUGUGCAUGGAAUAUAGUCCAUGUUUCCUAAAGAUUUUUUUUUGACCUCAGGUUUUUUUUUAAUAUAGCUCUCCAGUCUUUGACCUUGAAUUGACUCAUAAUACCAAUGUUUAAAUUGCCUUAUGUUUAUAUUUAAAUUAUUAAUCAUGUCAAGCCAAUUCAUGCACACUUUUUGGAAUCAAAUGUUGUGAGAAUUGAUUAUACGUAAAUCCAUCAAGGACAACCCUGCCUCUCCAGCCUGAAGUAUUUGCAUUCUACCAAGUCGUUGUCAGUUUGUGAAAUUAUGGUUUUUUGUUUAAAGCCUUUAAUUAAUAAAAAAAGAAAAUUAUUCUAUAAUAAA